AUGCCAAACAUGUCCCAACCCUCCGUCCGCCGCACCCUCUUCCACCAAACCCUCAGCCGCCGCCCCGCCUCCACCGGCCCCCCGAACAGCCUCAGCGCAAACACAAGCACAGGUCCAAGCAUAGGCAUCCAACCAAGCAACAACAACACAACCAACACCCUCUCGUCCCGCUCUUCACACCACCGCCUAAAACCCACCUCCUCGGAGACUUCCCGCCCCAUCAAACCAACCGAGAAUAGGGAGAUUGUUGUCCGUGAUAAGAAUGGCGGGUACAAGUUGGAUGUACUGUCGCUGCCGCAUGGAGUUGUCGGGGAGGAUGGGGAGGAGUUGGGUGGACUCGAGGCUGAGGAGGAGGGCGGGGAGGCUGCUUUGGACGUAGAGUUGAAUGGGAGAGAUAAAGAUAAAUUCGAGGCCGCGCUUGUUGAGAUGGUUAUUCGGCAUCGGAAUCGCCAGUCUAGUGGGGAACCAGAUGAAAUCUUAAAUAUUGUCCACCAGAGUCUACGCAAAAAAGUUGCUUCCCUGGACGACGACAAUUGGAUGUUCGAACCGGAGAGAGAUGUACGAUUCUAA